AUGGAAAAACCAGGAAAGAAGGAUAGAAAAGGGGAGAAAGAACCGCCAACCAACGUUAUUGACUUGAGCUGUUCGCCGGCUUCUAAAUCGUUCAUGACGACGUCUAGUUUUCCCGCGAAUGCCCCGAAGGGUCCAUCGCGAGAACAUUCGAAAGCAUGGAGAAAUAAAUUCACCUACAACUCCCAACCUCUUCCUAUAUUCUCGAGUAACAAUCCGCCAGACCCGCCCCGUGCGGGAGUCAAUGUCGGCCCUGCGUCCUUGUGCUCUCGAACAAGCAACGACACUGAAAGAUCAUCUUACGGUACUGAGUCUAAGAUCAAAGUCUUAGAGAUUUGCAUGUCCCUAAAAGACAGAUACUUGGCUGUCCCCAAUGCACCGCAUGCAGAUCAAGAGCCCUUUUGGGGGCGGUUAUUGGAGAUGCUAGAUCUAACACCAAUCACAAAAGCGAAAUUUAAAGACUGGAAGGAAGUACACCGAGCUGUCGAGCAUUGGUGUCAAGCUCGUCGAUCCUACAUGAGAGAGAACCGACUCCACCAGUUGAACUUGGUAUUUGCACAGCGUUUCUGCCAGAUAUACCAUGGAUACUUUGCCGCGACUUCGCAGUUCUCGGCGGGUCCGACUGAGCCUACAACAGGCAAACGGGAGCAUGUUGGUCUCACUCCUUGUUCGAAUGGGACUUCUGUUCCAGCAAAUACUUCAGCUCCUCCAGCGCGAUCAGCGUUUUCAGACCCCCAGAUAGUCCUGCUGCCGUCAACAUCCAAUACAAACAUGAUACAGCGUCUGGAGAAACCCGAGUCUCAACUAAGUAACUCUUCUACGCAACAAUAUGAUUCGAGGAAGAAAAAGGAUUUGGAGCCCCCCAUUCACAGUACUGGAAGCUCUGGCCUUAAGGAGGAAACACGACAAACACUGUGUAUGAGCAGUCAAAGCGACCACGUCUUGACAACCACCACAACUUACCUCCAACGGGAGAUACACUUAGAGGCAAAGAAACCCGCCAUCCACGCUCGCCACCUUUUCGCCGACCUCCGCUCCCAUCACUGUCACCCCCUUGGAGGAGGAACGGUGCUCGGUACCAGGAUCAGUAUCGUGAAAGGAGACAUCAGAAUUAUUAUCAAGGCGGUCGACAUCAAGAGAUCGACAGUUAUAGACCCUCUCCUAGAGUAA